AUGGGGCUGGCGUGCCCGGGGUACUCGGGCGCGAACCCUCGGAACUUACAAAAGGCGUCGGACGACACCAUCAUGUCGGACAAAAAAUGUCGGACGACAAAAACCGCCAUAACCACCACCACCACCACGACGACGAAGAAGGACCGGUACUACGACGUCGACAAAGAAGCCGGCGACGCGCAGGAGAAGCGAACGAACCUGUGGCGCGAAGCCGCGGCAAUCGCGCGUCAAAAAUUCGCCGACUACGUCGUGGUCGAAGAAGUCCCAGAGUUUGGCUGCCGCAAAGACACCGACGGGGGGGCGCACAGAGCGUCGCACUGCGAACGCCUCCAGGCGUGCCUCGUCGCGGAGGGGUUCCAAACGCGCGUGCAGGUCGUGCAGCUCGGAUACCUCGGCGGCGCGCAGAGCCGCGUGAGGUACGUUCUAUCUCACACUGGUCCCCAUACGACCGCGUUCGCGUGGUGCGCGCCGUUCCUUAAGGACUUUUGCCGUCGUCUCUCUCCGCCCAGGGUCCCUCGGUUUCAAAACCCGCCCCUAUGA